UGUCCGCGUCCAUUGCCCCUUUCAUUCGCUCCCUCUCGCUCAGUCCGCCUGUCGGCUUCGCUCUCUGCGAGGCUGGUGCAGGAUCCGCCGCCCUCAGGACGUGCGACGCAUCGGUGCGGGCCAGAUCGACGCGGCGGCGCCGGAUCUGCCAGCACAAGAGGCUCCAUAUAGGACGACGCCUUUCAAGGAAUAGGAGCUGCUUCACAACUCAUAAGGAGGGGACGACGCCAUCCAUGGGCAAGCGACACAAGUUUCCAAUAAUGGAUGUUGAGUCCAACUCCAGCAGCGCAAGCUCAUCUGAUGACACGUCUCCAGACAAAGCUAGGCGCAGGAAACGACGGAGUCGGUCUUCAGUAAAUGCUAGGAAAACCAAGGACAAAGACAACAUAAGGAUGAUGGUAGAACAACUCAAUGAGCAGAUGGGGAAUCUUAUUGAAAGUCAAAAUGAUCAAAGCAAUGAGAUGAAGAGGCUUAUUGAAAGUCAAAAUGGUCAAAGCAAAGUGUUGGAGAAGCUUAUUGAAAGUCAAAAUGGUCAAAGCAAAGAGUUGGAGAAGCUUACUGCAUGUAUCACUAAGUAUCUAGGGAAACAAUUGGAGUUUCAUACUAACAUCACAGGUCAUGCUGAAUCAAAUGCUCCAAGAUCACAGAUGAAUCAAGUGCCGCCACCUAGAUACCAACUGGUAUUCAGAUUUGCGCCUACUGACAAAAUAGAAACGGGGAAAACCAUAAAAAUAACUGUAGCUCUAGUUGAAGCUAUUAGUGGUCGACCCGUAGAAGAUGGACCCCUUGCUUCCAUAACAGUUGAGUUGGUCGUCGUUAACUCAAAGUUCAAUCAAUAUGAUAAUCAACACAACUGGUCCAGAGAGGAUUUUGAGCGCAACAUAGUGAAACCACGAUGUGAAAAUUCGGCAGCUGGGGGUGCGGAUCAGUCAGUAAAAUCAAUAGUGAGUAAUGGCCGAUUUAACCUUGAUCGAGGGGUUGGAUGUUACAGUGGUUCUGCAAUAUUUGAAAACUCCCACAACAGGAAAGUUAGGCUUGCGGCGAUGGCAGUGUUUCCAACUGAGGAACGAGUUCUAGAAGCAUUAUCAAAUCCUUUGUUAGUGCGGGACCAUGUCCAGUCAGGAAAACAAAGUAACUUGCACCCUAACAACUCAAACGGACAAAGUAACAUGCACCCUAACAGCUCAAAUGGACAAAAUAUGCAAUUUCCAAGAACAAUGGCAGUGCAACUUGUAUGGGAUAGGCCUAAUGUGGGGCCAAUCAAGCGUGAUUGGAACCUUGUGGAUCAGCUCAUGCCGCUGCCAAAAUUUAGUAAUUGCGGCGGCUUACCUACUAAACGCCUCAUGCAAGAGCACUUAGUGUACUCACGGACCAUCAUGUCAAAAGAAGUCAUGCAGGCUCGUCCAAACACAGGUGUUAUCAUUGAGCCACUUGAGCCAGAUGAUUCAGAUGAUGAGCGUCAACUGAAGAGGAAGAUGUGCAGUAAAUACCAAUUGAGAUUUAUGAAUAAGGUGUGUGAGGGCUAUCACAUAAUGGACCCAAUAAAAGCAGAUGAUGGGAACCCUCUCAAAGUUGCUUUGUUCGAUGGGAACAGAAAGAUCACAAAUGGUCCCCUGUCUUCGGCUCCUGUUAAGAUCGUAGCUCUCCAUGGUGACUUCAAUGACCACGGUCAGGAUUACUUUACUUCAGAGGAGUUCAAUUCCUGCGAAGUGUGUCCACAGCCUGGAGAAGAAGCGUCAUCAGUCCUAGGAGGUGAUUGCAUCUCAGUUCUUUCUGAUGGAGAGGCAUGUCUUGGUGAUGCCUUUUUCCAGAUGACAUCCUAUUGUGCUAGAACUGGAAAGUUCAAGAUGGGUGUAAAGCUAGCUAGCCCCCAAGAAGAGAGAAUCCAAGAAGGAGUAUCAGAAUCAUUCUGGGUGAAGGAUCGUCAUUGUGCAGGUACGUGUCGCCUUUCCGCACGCGCUGUCGGAUACAUUAUCACCGAUAGAUUUCUGAUAACUCCGAUAUUUCUGUUUUAUCGGUAA